AUGGGGGCUCGUGAAGACGCCAAGGAGGGUGUCAGAGCUAGGCUGUCAGAUCAGGGCACCCUGGAGCCCAGGGACCCAGAGCACGCUGUGUGGGCAGUGGACUGCAGCAGCGAGAGUUCACCAUCACGUGCCCGGCCCUCGCGGCCGUGGCCUGAACCCUCUGUCCGGCAGUCAGGGCUGCUGCCCCGUCAGUGGCUACGACCCCGCGUGCCCGCUGGGGACGUCCACCUGUGCCGGCUCGGUGGCCCUCUAUUCCUGCCCACCUCUAGGGCUUGGCUCACCUGCCAAGCGGGGGUGGCGGUGUGCGCGCGGUACCUGCGCUUCAACCUGCAGGCUGAGGCCACGGGGGCCCUGGGCCGGGCGGGCUGGCUGCGGGCGGCAACCACAGAACUGGACGCAAGAAGGCACCAGUGGGUCAGGGUCCCAGGGCCGCCUCCUGGGCCACGGCCUCAAAGGGCGGGGCCUGGGCCUGGGGGCGGGGCAUCGGGAGGAGGGCCUGUGGCGGGGCCACCGGGGCGGGGCCUCUUGUCCCGCCGUGCGCCCUCCGUGCGGCGGGAGCGGGGCCAGCAGGUGGCGCUGCGGCGUCUCCUAAAGCGCGCGGGCGGCGAGGCCCGGCCGGGUGCGUGGGGCAGGUGCUCCGUGCGCACAGACACGAUGUGCACGGAUAAUCAGGAUGGAGAGGCUGACACGUCGGGCGCGGAGCUGCCUGGGAACGCGGGCGGGAGGGCGGACCGGACCACUAAUGAAUUUUCCAUCAGAGCCGCUCGGCUUGUCAGGAGGUCCUGUGACCGGCUCACCGCACACGGCAGAAGGAACAUAGACUCUGUCAGCAAGUUAAGGCUGUUGAGAGCUGCCCUGGGAGCCCAGCCCGGGCAGACGGAAGCGCCGGCCUCCCCCAGGGACAGGCGGGCCCGAGCCCCCGGAUCCUGUUCUAAUGAUUCUGUUCUGGAGGAGGCCGACGCCUCCCGCCUGUCCACAGCUCCUGCGGACAGCUCGCCCUGGAAGGCAAUAACCUGCUUCCAGCCAUGUAGACCCUGCUUCUUGCUCAGAGACGAAGUUCCCCUGACUGCUGGGGAUAGAUUCGGCGUGGGGGGCGCUGCUGGGGCGCCGACGAAGCUGGUGAAGGGCUUUGGGGGCCGCCGGGCUGCAGGACCGGGCAGCCGGGUGGUCAGUGGGGGUCGCGGAGGGGGCCGUGGAGUGAGCAGGGCCAUCGCCGCCUGUCCAGCCUCCAGGCCGGCGCGGGACCCGGCGGUACCGCUGCCCCGCCCCCGGCGCAGGGAACACUGUCGGCUGCUCCAGAUGCUGGGCCUGGGUGUCACCCGCCGGAGGCCAGACGCCCAUAAACGCCGGAGGCCACGGCAUCGCCGCUGUUGCCCAAAGUGGCCUCCUGCGCUGGCUUUGAAGUCCAACCGCAGAAAGCUGGCAGCCACGUCCCUUCCCUUGAGCGUGACCUGGACGUGUGACCCGCCCCCGGCGAGGAGGCACCACGUGGUGAGGGACCCAGGCAGCCCUGGGGCCCGCGAGGCGGGCGACCCACGCCUUCUGCCAGCAGCCGUGGGAGGCACCCCCGGGGAGUCCCUCGCCCACACCUGA